UCUGUAACCUAAACAAUGACUCCUACUACAGACCGGAGGAAAGCACACCAAUAGAAUGCGUUACCCAGACCCCAAACCCUGCAUUUCGCUGCUAUUCACUUAAAUGCGCCGACCGUAAACAUGUGGAUACCUACAGAGCACGAAAAAUACGGCGUCGUGCUGGCCAGUUUCCGAGGGACCGUCCAGCAUGGCCUCCCGCUGGAAAUUGGAGACACGGUGCAGAUCCUGGAGAAAUGUGAAGGAUGGUACCGAGGAUUCAUCCUGAAGAACCCGAACGUAAAGGGGAUCUUUCCAUCCAGCUACAUCCACUUGAAGAAUGCCCACGUCAAGAACAAAGGGCAAUUUGAGACCGUCAUCCCCGUUGAAGACUCCGUCAUCACGGAGAUGACGUCAACUCUGCGAGACUGGGGUGCCAUGUGGAAACAGCUCUAUGUGAAGAACGAAGGGGAUUUGUUCCAUCGGCUUUGGCACGUGAUGAAUGAAAUCUUGGACCUGAGGAGGCAGGUGCUGGUGGGCCACCUCACUCACGACCGCAUGAGGGACGUCAAGCAGCACAUCACGGCGAGGUUGGACUGGGGCAACGAACAACUUGGCUUGGACCUGGUCCCGAGGCGAGAGUUCAGCAUGGUGGACCCGGACGAAAUCAGCGUCACAGAGCUUUACAGACUGAUGGAACAUCGGCAUCGUAAGAAGGAGACUCCUGCGCCUGCGAGCACCCAUCAUUUGUCCGUCCAUGUGAAGAGCCUGAUGAGCGUCAAUCUGGGGGAGGAGCUGGAAGUCUUCUUUCACAUUUAUGAUGGACGGGAGAACCGACCACUCAGUGAAAGGUUCUUUGUCAGGCUGAAUAAGAGCGGGUUGCCCAAGUCGCCAGAGAAGACAGAAAGACAAUGCACGCUAUUUGUGGAUUUGGGAAGCAGUGAUCUACGAAAGGAUGUCUACAUCGUCGUGCACAUCAUAAGAAUAGGGAGGAUGGGAGCAGGAGAGAAGAAGAACCUGUGUAGCGUUCAGUACCGGCGGCCGUUCGGUUGUGCUGUUGUCAGCAUUGCUGAUCUCCUCACUGCUGACUCCAAGGAUGACCACUUGCUCAAGGUUUAUGCGUGUAACACUGAGAGUGAAUGGUACCAAAUCCAUGAGAACAUCAUCAAAAAGGCCAAUUCCAGAUACAACUUGUCUGGAUCCAACACUGGCCUCGCAGUGGCUCUCCAGCUCCUCCACGGAGACAUCGAGCAGCUCAGACGGGAAUACAUGGUCCUCUUCACCCGUGGCGUGUCCAUCACCAGGAAACUGGGCUUCUCCGAUGUCAUCAUGCCAGGAGAGAUGAGGAACGACCUUUACAUCACACUGGAGAAAGGGGAGUUCGAGAAAGGCGGGAAGAGUGUGGCGAGGAACGUGGAAAUCACCGUCUAUGUGCUGGACAUUGAUGGACAGAUCCUCAAGAGUCAUGUGGCUGCUGGCUCCGGUGAACCAGGUGGGGACGAGUACCACUCCCUGGUGCUGUACCACAACAACAGCCCUCGCUGGGCGGAGCAGAUCAAGCUGCCCAUCCCCGUCGACAUGUUUCGGGGAUCGCACGUCCGCUUUGAGUUCCGACACUGCUCUACUAAAGACAAGGGAGAGAAGAAACUGUUUGGCUACUCCUUUGUUCCUCUGAUGCAGGAGGAUGGCAGGACUCUGCCAGAUGGCACCCAUGAGCUCAUUAUCCAUAAGUGCGAGGAGAACACCAACCUGGCCGACUGCUCGCGCUACCUGAAGCAGCCGUUCUCUAAGGCCAACCUGCCGUCUAACAAUCAGACGCUGAAAGGCACCAAGGAGUCUUUCUGGAUCACCAGCUUCCUCUGCUCCACCAAGCUCACACAAAAUGGCGACAUGCUGGACCUGUUGAAGUGGCGAGCCCACCCCGAAAGGAUCAACGACAGCCUCUCUAAGCUGAAGGAGAUCGAUGGCUCGGAGAUUGUCAAAUUUCUCCAGGACACCUUGGACACCCUCUUUGGUAUUCUGGACGAAAGCUCCCAGAGAUAUGGACUCAAGGUGUUUGAUUCACUGGUCCAUAUCAUCAACCUCCUCCAGGACAGCAAAUUCCAGCACUUCAAACCGGUCAUGGACACCUACAUUGAGAGCCACUUCGCUGGAGCUUUGUCCUACAGGGACCUGAUCAAAGUGCUGAAGUGGUACGUGGACCGCAUUGUUGAUGCAGAGCAUCAGGAUCACAUACAGCAGGUGCUCAAGGCCAGCGAGUACAUCUUCAAGUACAUUAUCCAAUCUCGCCGGCUCUUUUCGUUGGCGACGGGAGGCCAGAAUGAGGAGGAGUUCAGAGUCUGCAUCCACGAGCUCUUCAUGUCCAUCCGCUUCUUCCUCUCACAGGAAAACAAAGGCACCAGUCCCGUCGCACAGACACAGGCGGUGUUUCUACGAACGUUCCCGGCAGUUUACGGCGAGCUGCUGAAGAUCUUCACCGUGCGGGAGGUGGCCGGGUUCGUCAGGGAGACGCUGAGCAGCCUGCCGACCACCAUCCACGCCGACUGCCCCCUGGAGGCCAUCAAGCUGCAGUGCAUUGCCAAGACUGUGGAGAGCCAGCUUUACAUCAACCCAGAAUCACGAUGCAUCCUGUUGCCGGUGGUGCUGCGAGUCCUCCAUGCCCACAUGCAGGAGCAGAGAGACCUGGUCAUGUGCGCUCGCAUCCUCACCAGUAUGCUGUCUCUCAUCAAGAAGGAGGAAAACGGCAGCGCGGAGCCUGUGGUGUCUGAGGAAGUGGAGCUAAUUGUGGAAAGCCUGCUGGGAGUUUUACUGCGGACCAUCCUGGAAAUUAGCAACCGGCCUCAGCCUGCCGGACCUGCCAUGAGACUACAGUUCCAGGAUGUCACUGGGGAGUUUGUGGCAUGUUUGUUGGCCCUCCUGCGACAGAUGAGUGACAGACAUUACCAGCAGCUGCUGCAGGCGUUCAGCAACAAAGACGACCUGAGGGACUUCCUUCUUCAUAUCUUCACCGUCUUCAGGAUCCUGAUCCGACCAGAAAUGUUCCCCAAAGACUGGACUGUCAUGCGAUUGGUCACAAACAAUGUCAUCAUCACAACCGUCCUCUACCUUUCUGACGCUCUGAGGAAAAACUUCCUCAAUGACAAGUUCGACUACAAGGUGUGGGACUCGUACUUCUAUCUCUCUGUAAUAUUCAUCAACCAGCCCUGUCUUCAGCUGGAGUCCUUCUCUCCCUCCAAGAGGAAGAAGAUACUGGAAAAGUACGGCGACAUGAGGGUCAUGAUGGGCUGUGAGAUCUUCAGCAUGUGGCAGAAUUUAGGGGAACACAAGCUGAACUUCAUCCCAGCAAUGAUUGGGCCGUUCCUGGAGGUGACGCUGGUGCCUCAACCUGAUCUGAGGAAUGUCAUGAUCCCCAUCUUCCAUGACAUGAUGGACUGGGAGCAGAGACGCAGUGGCAAUUUCAAACAGGUGGAGGCCAAGCUGAUUGACAAGCUGGACAGCCUGAUGUCUGAGGGCAAAGGAGACGAGACGUACAGGGAGCUCUUCAACAGCAUCCUGCUGAAGAAGAUUGAGAGGGAGACCUGGAGGGAGAGCGGCAUCUCUCUGAUCGCUACCGUCACUCGCCUAAUGGAGAGGCUGCUGGACUAUAGGGAUUGUAUGAAGUUGGGAGAAGUGGACGGCAAAAAGAUUGGAUGUACUGUCAGUCUGCUGAACUUCUACAAAACUGAGCUGAACAAAGAGGAAAUGUACAUCCGCUACAUCCACAAACUGUACGACCUGCACUUGAAGGCUCAAAACUACACAGAGGCGUCCUACACCCUGCUGCUGUAUGACGAGUUACUGGAAUGGUCGGACAGGCCGCUCAGAGAGUUCCUCAACUACCCCAUGCAAAGCGAAUGGCAGAGAAAAGAGUAUUUGCAUCUCACUAUCGUCCAAAACUUCGACAGGGGGAAGUGUUGGGAGAAUGGCAUCAUCCUUUGCAGGGAACUUGCCGACCAGUAUGAGUCCUACUACGACUACAGGAACUUGAGCAAAAUGAGGAUGAUGGAAGCUUCUCUCUAUGACAAGAUCAUGGACCAGCAAAGACUAGAACCGGAAUUCUUCAGAGUUGGUUUCUAUGGGAAGAAGUUUCCUUUCUUCUUACGGAAUAAGGAGUUUGUGUGCCGCGGCCAUGACUACGAGAGGCUGGAGGCUUUCCAGCAGCGGAUGCUCAACGAGUUCCCCCACGCCAUCGCCAUGCAGCACGUCAACCAGCCCGACCAGACCAUAUACCAGGCAGACGCACAGUACCUGCAGAUCUACGCCGUAACCCCCAUCCCAGAGAGCCAGGACGUGCUGCAGAGAGACGGAGUGCCCGACAACAUCAAAAGCUUCUACAAGUUUAAUCACAUCUGGAGGUUCAGAUACGACCGACCUUUUCACAAGGGCACCAAAGACAAGGAGAACGAGUUCAAGAGUCUGUGGGUGGAGAGGACGACUCUGACUCUGGUCCAGAGUCUGCCCGGCAUCUCCCGCUGGUUCGAGGUGGAGAAGAGGGAGCUGGUGGAGGUGAGCCCGCUGGAGAACGCCAUCGAGGUGAUCGAGAACAAGAACUUACAAUUACGCACAUUGAUCACCCAGUGUCAGAGCCGGCAGAUGCAGAACAUCAACCCCCUCACCAUGUGCCUCAACGGGGUCAUCGACGCCGCUGUCAACGGGGGGCUCGCUCGCUACCAAGAGGCCUUUUUCGUGAAGGACUACAUUAUGAAUCACCCAGAGGACGGCGAGAAGAUCGGGCGACUGAGAGAGCUCAUGUUUGAACAGGCACACAUACUGGAGUAUGGCCUCGCUGUGCACGAGAAGUUUGUUCCUCAAGACAUGAGACCUCUCCACAAGAAGUUAGUGGACCAGUUUCAUCUCAUGAAAUCCAGUCUGGGCAUACAGGAGUUUCCGGCAUAUGUGCGCGCAAGCCCAGUGCACUUCACCAACGGCAGCCCACGUACAUGCAGGAACUCCGUGCCCAGCAUCAUUAGCCCAGACGGCGGCAGAAGUGUCACCAGGCGGAGCCUCCUCAGCUACCCUGCCGUGAACCGUUACUCCUCGUCCUCUCUGUCAUCGCAAGCCUCCAACGAAGUCAGUAACAUCACAGGGCAAUCGGAGAGCUCGGAUGAAGUCUUCAACAUGCAGCCCAGUCCGUCUACCUCGAGCCUCAGCUCCAACCAUUCUGCCUCGCCCAACGUCACCAGCUCAGCCCCCUCCAGUGCCAGAGGUUCACCUCAAAUGGCAGAGAAACACAAGCAUUCCAGAGAAAACGCCUGCCUGUCGCCACGAGAGAGGCCGGUCAGCGCCAUCUUCCCCAACCCCCUCGACCCCGCACAGAGAGCUCCUGCUCAUCAGAUAGGCGAUACCACUUUACCCAGGAGUGACCCCAACCUCUCAGCGCCAGAUAAAGGUAAAACACUAUGUUUAGCAUAUAUAUUUUCUGUAUCCUUCACCUACACGCUCAGAGGAGCGCCCACUCAGCACUCUCACAAGCACUCAAAAAUACACCCUCCAGGGGAAUCCCCUCCGGUAGAACACUAACGCGAGCAUAUGGAGACGCUCUCAUCAAGCCCACUCGAAGGUGUGCAUGUAUAUUUAUUGUUUUUUUCCGAGGUCCUUGUUGUCAGUGAAACGACUGUUCAUUGUCGUUUGCCACCAUAAGUCCUCAGCGCGUCGAUUAACUGUGAUUCCUGAGGAGAAGCUCUCUUUAGUGGAGCACAUCCUAAUGCCGCUUCCCUUUACAUACACUGAUCCUGCACAUUUUAAUGAGUUUGUGGACCUGAUUGUAGUGGAUUUUUGUCAAGGAGAAAUGCGCAUUUUAGCCCACACAGUCAGUAAAUGUUACAGGACAAUAACAUUUAAAACCACACCACUUUAGGACUUAGGAAUUAUUAAACCUUGCGUAUUAUUUUUAAUGUAUUUAUUGACACCUUCGCUCUAAGGUUUAUCAAGACACGCCACUCCAAGAAACACAAAUGCACCCCUUAUUCAAUGGAAAUAAAUCCAGUUACUUUUUAUUCCCACGUCUUAUCCAGCGUAUGUAUUGGUCUUAAAAUGAAUUUAUAUUAAAUAAACCAAUACCAAAAUCACUACAAUAACAAAAUAUCGAAUCACUCGAGUCAAAUAACAUGAACAUACUGAAUCCACACCACAUUUUUUUACUGCUCUUCGACAGCAUAAAGUAAAUAAAUGUAAUUCAUUUGUUCAUUCAGUUAGACACAAAUGCCUGUAUGGUAUAUAUAGAAACUGCACAUUUAGAGGGCUUUUUAUUACUUACUGUGCACUUGUCGAGUUGCUGCAAUCUGAAGUAGUGAAGAUGUCCCCUGUUUGUGCAAUCAAUGCACUUCCUAAUGUGUUUUGUCAUCAGUUAUUUUGCUAAUAUUUGUUCAACACAGAAUGCUCUCCAGUCAGCAGCGCACAACCUCUCAGCUGAGCGCUCACACAUUCAUAUAAGUGCACGUUCCAUAAGCAACCUAUUAAAAAAAUACAGCGUGAGAUGGCAAACAUCCCACUCGUGGAUCUAUAACUGCACAAGCCAUAAAAUCCAAGAGAAGAGGCUCAAAUGAAUCAACUCAAAUAAAAGACAUGUUAAAAUCAUAACUUUGUGAAGGAAAAACAUAAAUAACUAUCCAAAUACAGAUGUUAUCAUUCUGAAUCAGAUGAAACAGCAUUAAAAUACAGAUAAAACAAACAUUUCACACUGGACUGAGUUGGAUAAUAGACCCAGAAAUGUGAGGACAAACAUCAGUUUCGAAGCAGACACUAUUAUUUGUAAAACAUGUACACACAGCAGAUGUCAACCUGUUCAUCAAACAUAUUUUAAUUUAAUCAAAAUUGAAUAUAGGUUGAGGUAGUUUUUGCCUCUCAGACCGGCUGCCGGAGCGCAGUCAUGCAGCAGCAAUAAGCUGCUUCUCUGUUAUUUCACUUCAGUUUUAUUUAGAUGGCGCGAGUCAUCUCAGGACACUCCACAUAACAAGUUCGCGACCUUACAAUAUUAUACUAUGGAGAGAAACCCAACGAAUCCAGCGAUUCCCUCGCAGCGAGCACUUGGCGACUGUGGCGAGUUAUUACUCACUGACGCUGACUCCACCGUACGCGGCGGCCGCGGUCAUCUGCACAGACAUGCAGCGUGUGUGACAGUUUGACCACGGAGUGACUGGAGGCAUCUGUUUUCACACAGCUGCUCCUCAGGAUACACAAACACACAGAAACACACUGUGGAUAUUAAAGCUUUUCAAAGCUUUUUCUUAAAGAGCGACCGAAGGGCAGCGAUGAUGGACGUGUUUCGUUCCUGCGUGUGAAUACAUGCUUCAGUUUGCUCAGCUUAGACAAGACAAGAUGCAUUUUGUAGAAGAAAAACAACACAUGCCCUCCUAAAUGCACCUAAAUUAUCAUUAAAAAAUGCUGUUUAAUUGCUUUUUUUGUAGACUAAUACAACAGGAAAUAACAAAGCUCCUGUUCUUUACGGCCAAAACAACAGCUUUUAAAACUCUAAAAUAACCCUGGAGGUUUGCAGACACCUUUAAAAUAAAGAGCGCGGAUGUGAAAGCUUCCUCGUGACUCGCACUCAACUUUCCACACGAUCCAAGCGUGAUCCGUAAAUAAUGCGGCGAGAGAUACAUAAACCGCCGCAAUAUGGUGGCGCGACACCUUUACACGCAUAAAAAUGGUUAAAGGUGCAAGAAUUUACACCAAACCUGUGAUUGUGUCAUUUGUCACAUCAUAUGCCUCGAUCCUUUAUUUGUAACUCCGGAUAGUAUUGUUAAAAAAAAUACCGCUCGCUGUAAAACGUAAUGAAAAACAGUGUGGGGGUUUUUUUUAUUUCUGUGUCGCAGUUUUAUUCUUUUGUUUUAUAGAUUUACAAUCAGGAAAAAAAAAAGAUUACCCUGCUGUCACACCAGAAAUUGUCACAUUCACUGAACAAGACAAAAUCUGCUGGUAAAUUGCACAUUCCCGUUCUGUAACACUCAAAUAUAUUCAGGAAUUGGUUUAUCUGCUUGACUUGUUAAACUCUUAAGUAACAUCUCGCAAUAAAAGUGUUAUCUCUCUCUGACGGCUAAGUUAACAAAUGUCUUUUUUGACACAGUAGAAAGUCACAGAAUUGCACAUUAUCCUCGACAAGGCCUCUGAAAAUGAGGACGAGAAGCUGGAACGCUUUUAAUUAAAUCUGAAUUGAAUAUUAUUUGACUGGGACGAUACAGUUUAAUAUAGCUGCAGUGGUACAGAGCAUUUAAACUGAUGUGCUUCACAGACAGUUUACAGCUAUGACACAUGUACACUGUGCAGUUAGAAUAUACAGAUUGUAGUGCCAUAAAACCA